GUCAACGCACGGUCUAAUGAUGGUCGCACACCGCUGCACUUCGCCUGUUAUCUGGGAUACUUGCACACUGUCGAAAUUUUGUUGGGUCACAAUGGCAUUGAUGCCAAUGUUGUGAACAACGAUGGAGACACACCACUGCAUGUGGCAGUUCAGUGGAAGCACCUUCAAGCUGUGGAGCUAUUACUCUCUCGGGGCAGCAAUGUCAACGAGAAGUCCAGCGACGGCAGUACUCCUCUCCAUUUGGCUGCAAAUUCAUCUCCGGAAUGGACAGAUGGUGUGAAAGCUAUAAUGAACCGGAGCGCUGUUGAGGUGAAUCCUCGAAAUAAAGAUGGUCGCACACCGCUGCACUUCGCCUGUUAUUGGGGAUACUUGCACACUGUCGAAAUUUUGUUGGGUCACAAUGGCAUCGAUGCCAAUGUCGUGAACAACGAUGGAGACACACCACUGCAUUGGGCAGUUCGGAGGCGAGAGUAUAAAGUGGUGUGUGCGAUGCUGAAGCAGGGUUCUGUUCAGUUGGAUAUUCAAAACAAUCAGAAAAGGACACCAUUGCUUGAAGCCGUUUUCCAGGGUCACCUCGGAAUGACACACCUGUUAAUAGCCCUGGGUGCAGGCAUACAUAAUGUUGAUGGUGAAGGUAACAGCUGUUUGCACCUAGCCAUGGCAACAGAAGUGUUUAAUUCCGAGGAUGCACCCUUGGAUUUACUAAACGAAGAACCCGUUUACUGUAUUCGGCUAUCUGAUGUCAUCAACAGUAUGGACUUCAAUACUACUGGACUUUUUGCUGUCAUCUCAUAA